CUCCGGCCCGCCUGCCUGCCUGCCUGCUCGGUCAGCUGGCUGGCUGGCUGACGCCGCCCCCGGCCGCCCUGCCCGGCGGAUCGCGGAGCCCCCGGCGGCCCUCGCCACCUCUUCCACCGUCCCCGGGCGGCGGCUGGCUGGCAUGGUGCGCCAUGGCCACUUGGAAACGCGACGGGCGGCUGACGGCGCUGCAACGGUUGGGUUGCGCCGGGCUGGCCGGGGCGGCGAGCCACAGUUUGACGGCCCCUCUGGAAGUGCUCACCGUGUUGGGCCAAGUCGGGGCGCUGCCCGGGCGGAGAACCGGCCUCUGGCGAGCGGGGAGCAACCUGUGGCGAGCCGAAGGGCCGGGCGCGCUCUGGAAAGGCAACCUGACCGCCUGUUUGCGCCUCCUGCCUUACAGCGCCGUGCAGGUCGCCUCCUACCGUCGAUGGGUGAUGCUCCUGAUGGAUGAUCUGGGUCACAUUUCCCAGUGGAACGCCAUCGUGGCCGGGAGUCUGGCGGGAAUGAUGGCGGCCAUCGCAACCUACCCAACCGAAGUGAUCAAGACUCGGUUGAUCGUACAGAACCGACUGGACCCUCCCUACAAAGGCAUUCUUCAUGCUUUGUAUAUGAUUUACCACCAGGAAGGAGCCUCUGCACUCUAUCGGGGUGUUUCAUUGUCAGUAUUAGGUGCAAUCCCGUUUUCCGUUGGUUCCUUCCUUGUUUACACUCACCUGGAUGAACUUUGGGGUCAACCCAGCCUCCCUUUCACGCCGAUGCAAAACUUCUUCAACGGCUGUCUGGCCACUGCGGUGGCCCAAACUUUCUCUUUCCCCUUUGAAACCGUCAAGAGGAAAAUACAGGCUCAGAGCCCUCGCCUCCCUGGUUCUGGAGGGGUUGAUGUCUCUUUUACCGGCGUGAUCGAUUGUUUUAAACAGACGGUAAAAACCAAAGGAGUCCUGGCACUCUGGAAUGGACUAACUGCCAAUUUACUCAGGGUAGUCCUUGACUUACAGCCAUUCAUUUAGUGACCGUUUGACUCCUAUUUAUGACAGUUGAGGUGUCCUAGGACCUAGGGGCUCACAUGAGCACCGGGGGUCGGUUUCACAUAUUGUUGCCACCGGUUCGCCGUGUGCGCGCACGUUCGCUUCGCUCGCACUCACGCACCUUCUCUUAUGCCCCCGGCCUUCCGUGUGCUUGCUGCGCACGCACACACCUUCUGCAUGUGCACCCAGCCUUCUGUGCAUGAACUUUGCUUGCGCGCACGCCUUCCACGAAUGCUUCCAUCCUCGAAAACAUGGCUAAAUAAGACUGCAUUACGUCCGCCGCUACCAGUUCGCUCAAACCUGUUCGAACCGGCUGAAUACCAUCUCUGGUGAACACCUUUUGCCAACUUUUGAUGAGCACUGGGGAAAAAGAGAGAGACUUAUGACCGUUUUUCACACUUAAUGACCGUUGCAACAUCCCCAUGAUCAUGCGAUCAGAAUUCAGAUGCUUGUCAACCGGCUCACAUUUAUUGACGGUUGCAGCGUCCCAGGAUCCCCGGAUCUCCUUUUGCGACCUUCUGACAAACAACGUCAAUGGGGGAAGCCAGAUUCACUUAACAACCAGGUUACUAAUUUAACAACUGCAGUGAUUUGCUCAAUACUGGGGCUAAAACGUUUGUUAAAAUGGGGGGGGGGGAAUUCACUUAACUCUCUUGCUUAGCCACGGGCUCAAUUAUGGUCAUAAGUCAAGGAUACCUGUGCUGUCUUAUCUUCUUUUCAGUUGCUGUGUUUUGUUUUUUCAAUCGAAAUGCAAUUAUGUUAUACAGCUUAACCAAAGAGACUAUUUUUGCAACAGUAUCAAUAUAUAUAUAUAUACUUUUCUUUUUUAAUGUUUAAACAGACACAACUGAAACAAAAUAUCUUUAAAAAAAAUAAAAGCAAGUUUAUAAAGUCCCACCAGUUAAAAAUGUGUUGUGACUUGUUAAAAUUUGGUUCCAUCCGGGUAGACGCCUUUGUGUUCAUGCCACAAAAAACAGCUCCCCUCCAAUUCACGAAAUAAAAUAUUAAUGGAGGGAUCCAGGGGUGAAAUGCUCCCGGUUCGGACCGGAUCACCCGAUCCGGUAGCGAUGGCAGCGGGUGGUUCAGGGAACCGGUAGCAAAAAUCCCUGCCCCUACCCCCAUGCCCAGCUGAGC